AUGUCUCACGUCAAGAUCCAAGGCUACGAUAUUCCUCCAAAGACAACACUUCAAAUCAACGUAUUUACGAUUGGACGUGACCCAAAACAUCGGACUGACCCUGAAGAUUACAUCCCCGAAAGGUUUGCUGAUAGUUCUAUAGAUUUUAGAGGACAAAACUAUAAUCUACUACCGUUUGGUUCAGGCCGAAGGAUAUGUCCAGCGAUUCCAAUGUCGAUCGCUGCUAUAGAACUGGCGUUGUUGAAUAUGCUUUACUUCUUCGAUUGGAGAUUGCCUGAUGGGAUGGGAAUUGGAGAUAUUGAUAUGCAAGAAGUUGGUACUCUCUCGGUAGUCAAGAAAAUACCUCUCAUGCUUGUACCGGUUCGACGACAAUAA